GAGACUCUGCAGGUCAGAGCUUGCAGCUUUGCAGACUUACCUCGGGCAUCACUCCGCACCCAACCGACAUCAUGGAGCUUCCUUAACCUGCCUCGUGUCGCUUUGCUGAAGAUGCAUCGCCUAAGGCGAGCUCAGCAGAGAUGACCGCCAUGCUCGCGUCCUCCGUGUUGAGGAGGACCUCUUCACGAUUAUCUACGACAGUCAGGCAUUUUUCCUGCUCGUCUAUCAGAGACGCAUCAUGGGGCUUCAUUGGUCUGGGUGCCAUGGGCUAUCCUAUGGCGAAGAACUUACGAGCGAAGAUUCCUGAAGGAGACACCAUGACCGUCUUCGACGUCAAUCAAACCGCCCUAGACAAAUUCUCACAAGAGGCUGUACCUGCUGGGGUGGUCGUUGCAAAGAGUCCGAGAGAGGUGGUAGAGAAUUCUGACAUCAUUGUAUCAGCUUUGCCAGAGCCUCGACACGUUAAAGGCGUCUUUGAGCAAGUGCUCACAUCGUCUCUGCCCAAGGCGCCUACCCAAACUUCAAGGCUUUUCAUCGACUGCUCGACCAUCGAUCCUACCACGUCACGAGAAGUCGCAAAAUUGGUAAAUGACAAGGCUGGGGCCAAUUUCGUGGAUGCUCCUAUGUCGGGUGGAGUCGUCGGUGCAAGAGCUGGAACUCUGACAUUCAUGGUCGGCGCAGAAAAGGAAGACGUGCCCAUGAUCACGGAAGUUCUGCUUCUCAUGGGACGAAAGGUCUGGCAUAUGGGCCCACAAGGCACUGGCCUUAGCGGAAAAUUGGCAAAUAACUACGCCCUCGCUAUCAACAAUAUUGCAUGCGCCGAAGCCAUGAACUUGGGCUUGAGAUGGGGCAUUGAAGGCAAGGCUCUGGCUGAUUUGCUGAACUCGGCCACAGGAAGGAGUUGGCCAAGUGAGAUCAACAACCCUGUGCCUGGUGUGAUUGAGGCUGCUCCAGCGAGCAAAGACUACGAGGGAGGCUUUGGAGUUAGUCUUAUGAACAAAGAUCUCCGACUGGCAAUGACAGCCGCAUCAGAAGCCGGAGCCAAGCUUGUUCUUGCUGCGAGGGCGAAGGAGGUCUACGAUGAGACAGAAAAGGCCUACAAGGGUAAGGACUUCUCGGUGGUGUACAGAUGGCUAGGUGGGAAGGAGUGAAUUAGUUUGCAAUGAGAUCCAUCGAACAUAAAACA